AUGUAUACUGCCUCUCCCAGCUCAGCGCUCGUCGCACCUCUGGCGACCCAAGCUCGUAGCUGUGGGGAUUCGAACAAUGGACAGCAAGGCUCGCGAUGGCAAUGUGCCGCGGUCCAGUAUCACGUGCCCGUCCCACAGGAAUACCUGGUUCCUUUCCAAACCGCAGAGCAAGCUCAACUCAUGCUGACUCGGUGGUCGAUGGACGAAGGCUAUCUACUGAAGGGCGGGGGUGGCUACGCAUCGUAUCACUACCUGAGAUGCAACCGAUACAACACCGGGCCGCUACCAUAUUGCCAAUACUCCAUCAGAUUGGGACCAGCCGAGAAUUCUUCAGGGUGGGAGAUCGACACCAUGUCUGACGUCCACAACCACCCUUCGAGCUUACCUGUCAGGCAGCCCGCUGCUGCUUCGAUCACAGCACCUGUAACGCAGUCCAGCACGGCUAGUGACACCGUCCUGCCUUCAAGUACUCCGACCCCUCAACCUCGAGACCAGCAACAGUCGGCAUCUGUCAAUCCCGUUCCCGUCCUGGCAGCCUCCCCGACUCCACGCGUCAAGAUUAGUCUCAAGAGGUCCAGUGCUGAUCCGCAGAACAGUUCUUCUGCAGCCAUCGUUCCCAGCCCGGCGCCGCUUACGUCCUCAGCUCUGACCGAGCUUCACAACAAGACGUCGGUUCCUGCACAGCGAGGUCUCAGCUCUACCAACGUCACUUCCGGUCCGACAGUCUACCCCCUUCCGUCCCGUAGCAACAGCGAUCAACCGGCCGGUCAUACUUCAAGCACCAACAUCUCUGUCGCCGUCGCUUCGAGCUCUACACGUGUUCCCUCCCCUUCGACCGUUCACAAGACCGCGGACAGCCCUGAACAAGCUUCUGCCGACCAGCGGAUGCAGGUUCCCGACGGCACAUCAGAGCCCCUGGCGAAGCGUGCCCGCACCGAUUCCGCUGACGAACCGACGUCACACGUCACGGCCGAGGGUGAUCCCACCCCUGAAGGCGGUGCUGUUCAGCAAGACGGCAAUCCCAGCUGCGAUCUCGUGCGCGCGAUCUUGAACAUUCCGCAGAAAGAGUUCUUCAACGACAUCUUGCAGCUCUCCGAGCUGGAGCUUCAUCAGUAUCGGCUGCGCAACGACGAGAUCAACAAACGGCUCAAGAAGCGCUUGAAAAAGUGA